CCCGUACGCUCUGCAAAGAGUCCGCGAACAGCUCCUUGGUGGUCAAGCAGCACGUUACUUACACGGCAAACAUUGACAAAGAAGGCAACCCACAAUGGAGAGAAUCUCAUGGACACUUUUUCUGCUUUCUCUCACAUAUCUAGAGGGAUCUUUGCAAGAUUUCGGGCAGACCCAGUUCAUCUGCACGUCCGUGCCCAAGGAUAUCGACCUGUGCGCAGCCACUAUGCAGAACAGCGGACCAGCGGAUGAUCUGAAGACCACAGUAAUGCAGUUGAGGGAGACAGUCCUACAGCAGAAGGAAACUAUCAUUAACCAAAAGGAGACGAUCAGGGAACUAUCUUCGAAGUUGAGCCGCUGUGAAAGUCAGGCUGUUCUGGAGCCCGUGACCGGAGGUCGGAGGAAAGAACCGGGCAAAAACACAAUGGGAGACGUAUCCCGCGCCCCAACAGAUACACUAGCCCAGCUUGGGCAGACUUUAGCCACGCUUAAACAGAGAUUGGAAAACCUGGAGCAGUACAGCAGGAACAACGGAUCUGUCCAGGCGAACAGCCUUAAAGAUCUGCUUCAAAAUAAGAUCGAUGAUAUGGAAAAGCAGGUGCUGUCUCGGGUCAAUACUUUGGAGGAGAGCAAACCUGGGCAGAAAAAUGACACAAAUCAGCGCAAUCGAGUGGAGUCAACCCUCACCUCCUUACAUCAGAGAAUUAACGACCUGGAGAAAGGUUCAAAAAGCACCAGGCCACUGGACAAGUAUCAGAUAACAUUCCCCUUAAGAACAAAUUACAUGUAUGCCAAAGUGAAGAAAAGUCUACCAGAAAUGUAUGCCUUCUCUUUCUGCUUAUGGAUAAAGUCCAAUGCAUCACCCGGAGUGGGAACACCCUUCUCCUAUGCUGUUCCUGGACAAGCUAAUGAGCUUGUUCUCAUAGAAUGGGGGAACAAUCCAAUGGAGAUUCUCAUAAAUGACAAGGUUGCAAAAUUACCUUUCGUCAUCAAUGAUGGUAAAUGGCAUCACAUCUGCAUCACAUGGACGACUCGGGAUGGAGUAUGGGAGGCAUUUCAGGAUGGUGUUUUGCGUGGAACUGGAGAGAAUCUGGCACCCUACCAUCCAAUAAAACCCAACGGUGUACUAGUUUUAGGUCAGGAGCAGGACACACUUGGUGGAGGUUUUGAUGCAACCCAAGCCUUUGUUGGUGAACUGGCAAAUUUCAAUAUAUGGGAUAGAAAAUUAACAGCUGGAGAAAUCUACAACCUGGCAACCUGCAACACUCGAGCACAAGCUGGCAAUGUCUUAUCAUGGUCUGAAAGUAUUAUCGAUGCGUUCGGUGGAGCCACUAAAUGGACUUUUGAGCCCUGCCGUCAGCUCAACUGAAAUGCAAAGUGGGAGACAUAGCCAAUCCUAGAUCCAUGUUUCUAGUUUUUGUCUUUCUUUUACUCAUUUUGACAUUUGUGGAAAAAGAAGAGUUCUUGAUAAAACAAUUUAAAGGUACUUUAAAAGUAAACCUGGGGUUUCUAUGAAUACCUGAAUAUUUCUGUGCAAAACGAAGAAUAUUUAUUUUUAUUUGAUAAAAUAGUUGUAACACUGAUAAUAAGACAGUGUUAUGCCAGGUUACUUUUAGUAUUGUAUUAUUAUUAUUAUUUAUUUUUUUGCUGCUUUGUUUAUCUUUGGAAGUAGACAGAGUUGCUUAUUUUGUCUUUCAUAUAUUGGGGGGGGGGGCAGCAGCUGAAGAACUUUCUCUUUGCAGAUUUUGGACAGUAAAGCAACAGUGCAUCAGAAGAGACCUCUUGAUUUUUGCCUACAAGACUUCACAAAGCCAAUCACAAGUUGUAAAAUGAUUUUUACAAAAUUAUGUUUACUAUUAUCUGACCUAAACGGUACCCCACUCUCACCGGAUCUUGCACUGUGAUGGAUUUGAAAAUAGGAUGGGAAUAAGUAUUUAUUAUUUGGAAAAUAAUGAUUUAAGAUGGCACUUCCUUCAUUUGUUUCCAGUGAUCUUACCGAAGUUUCUGUAAGAAUGUCAUUUAGUUGCCAACAUGCUUACCUCCUGAGUGCCAUGAGCUGAUGUAUCAGUUCAGCACAUACUUUUAGUUUGCUUACUCCCUGUGUAUUGCUUUAUCUUUUUGGUUUUGUUUAUGAAUUUGCGUUUUUGAAAUGUGUUAACAGCAAUUGUUAAAGCUCUGCUGUAUUUCUGCAAUAACUGGUGUAGUUGUACUCAGUUCUAGGAAUGUUAUUCAUACAAUAACAGCAUGAAUUAACAAAUGCUGCAACACCAA